GUCGUAAUCUAUUACUAACCUUUAAUUGGCGAUACGUUUUAAGUUUUACAUCACGCGUCGAACCGUAGCGGUAUAUUCUAUUUACUUAGACGUGUUAAAAAUACUCGCAAGGCUUUGUCGGCGUAUUGCAUAAUACUGACUAUAGUCAUCGCAGAAAACAAUUUCGCUGCAUUACAAAUUUUUAUGUGACACAGAUGCAUCGGUUCCUCGAUGACUCAAUGCGAAGUAUCAGUCUCUUCCAGCGUAAGUUAUCAGGCUGCUGGGUAUCUAAUAAUUCACGACACAAUAAUGCACCAGAAAAUACGAUAGAGAAUAUUUAUCUAAAACGUGCUAAUCUUCAUAGAAAAUGAUCAUUGUGAACUUUCUUCCGAGGAAAUGUGAACGUCCUUCAUUUCCAUCGUACAGAAUGAUGUAAAUUAAAAUUGAUCGAGCAACGUCAACAACCAAUUAAGUGGAACGUUAAUGAUGGAGAUUAAACGACCGGAGAAGUGCAAAUACAUUUUCAGAUCGAAGCUUUUGAUAUUGUCGGUGCUAUCAUAGGAACCGGCGAUAAGAGGCACGGAGACUUAAGGGGUUGCAGCCUCGACGUCCUCGAUCGAGUUGCAAAAAGCGAGUAAAAACCAUGAUCUGUCAGGAUCAGCAACGCACGAUCGUGGGAGCAAAAUAUGCUGGAAAGGAGAAGGAGUAUCGACAAAGAGGCUGGAAGGGCGAGAGGGGCUGAUAAGAGAAAUCGUAUCAACGUGCUACGUGGAAUCGUGAAAGUGAUGUUACCCCGCUCUACCUAUGAGUUGGGAUAGGUUACCAGCUCUGACAAGAUACCUGUUGCACGACGCCUUUCGAACGCAUUCUUACAACGCUGACACUUAUCGCGAAAUUUGUUGAUAGCGUUCGCGAUUAAACGUCCUCGGAAACGCGUCGUCUCAGUUGUCAAAUUGAAAAACGAGCGCGAAACAUGGAAGCCUUGCGGAACGAUCUCGCCGCAUACGGCCAAGAACAUCUGUUACAAUUCUGGGAUCAACUGUCGGAGGAGGAUGAGAAAAUCCAGCUGCUGCAGGACAUAACAGAGUUGAAUCUUGCAGAAGUGACUUCGUAUUAUAAAAGAGCUGUGCAUAAUUCUUCUUCUGUGAAUAGAGGUACAUUGGACGACAAGGUAUCCCCUAUUCCUACGGAGAUCGUCAAGUCCAUUAAGAAAACGGAUAAAGAACAGUUGAGAAAGUACGAGAAAUUAGGCCUGCAAGAAAUUGCGAAUGGUAAGGUAGCUGUGCUGCUGAUGGCUGGUGGUCAAGGAACCAGAUUAGGAGUUUCUUACCCUAAAGGGAUGUAUGAUGUUGGAUUACCUUCUGGUAAGACCCUCUUUCAAUUGCAAGCGGAGAGAAUAAUAUGUUUGCAAAAUCUGGCCGAAGCAAAAUGUGGGAAACGAGGAGAGAUUACUUGGUAUAUACUGACUAGCCGAGCAACUCAUCAUACCACUCUUGAUUUCUUACGUAAACAUAAUUAUUUUAACUUAAAGGAGGAAAAUGUGAGAGCCUUUGAGCAAGGUAUGAUGCCAUGUUUCACCUUGGAUGGAAAAAUCAUUUUAGACGAAAAACACCAAAUCUCUAAAGCACCAGAUGGUAAUGGAGGAUUGUAUCAUGCUAUUAAAGUGCAGGGGAUAUUGAAUGAUAUGAUCAAACGUGGAAUACGCAGUGUUCAUGUUCAUUCGGUAGAUAACAUACUGAUAAAAGUAGCAGAUCCCAUUUUCUUAGGAUACUGCUUAUCAUCAUCUACAGAUUGUGGAGUCAAGGUGAUAGAAAAAUCAUCACCAAGCGAACCAGUAGGAGUUGUGUGCAAAGUAGAUGAUACUUAUCAGGUCGUUGAGUACAGUGAAAUUUCAAAAGAAACAGCUGAUUUACGCGAUGACAAUGGAGAAUUGGUUUAUAAUGCUGCAAACAUAUGUAACCACUAUUUUACUGUAGACUUUCUAUCUUCAAUUAGUAAUAACUAUGAAAAGGAAAUGCAACUACAUAUCGCUAAAAAAAAAAUCCCAUACAUAGAUGCAAAUGGGCAAAAACAAAUUCCUACAUCUCCGAAUGGUAUUAAAAUAGAGAAAUUUGUUUUUGAUGUAUUUAAAUUUGCAAAACAAUUUGCAGUUUGGGAAGGAAUUCGUGAAGAAGACUUUAGUCCUCUUAAGAAUGAUGAUUCCAUUGGUCAAGAUUGUCCAAGUAGUGCACGUAAGGAUGUACUUAAACUUCAUAAAAAAUGGUUAUUGAAUGCUGGAGCAAUAAGUGUAAUAAAUGAUGUAGAAGUGUCCCCUUUAUUAUCAUAUGCAGGAGAAAACUUAAGUCACGUGCAAGGUCAAUCAUUUCAAGGGCCUCAAGUCAUAUCCUGAAACAAUACAACUAAAUGUUGUUCACCAUUUUUAUAGCAAUGAAAUAACAAUGUAUCGUCGCAUAUAGUAACAAGUUUAUAAUCCAUUACAUAGACAUAUUCUGUAGUUUUCUGUGAUGUAAGAGUAAAUCUUAGAUUUUAUAAAUUUUGUAUAGUUCCAUGAAAAUUUGAUAACUUUAGCAUGGCAGAACAUUAGAAUAAAAUACAUGUAUAUAUUUUCAUAAAAUAAAUUAGUAAUUUAA